AUGAGAUUGGUAGUCCCCGAAACGCUACAGUCGGACGUUCUACACCACUAUCACACCACGUUGGAAGGAGGACAUCAGGGAGUGGGGCGAACCUACCAGCUGAUCAGGGAUCACUUCCAUUGGAGGGGAUUAUACCGGAGCGUUCAGCGAUAUGUGGGAGAAUGUGUGGAUUGCGAGACAGGAAAAGGAAGACCAGUGAUCCGGGGUGAAUCACCAGGGAACUUGCAGGCGACGUACCCGUUCCAGAUUAUUGCGAUGGAUCACAUACCGUCGCUACCCAGAUCCCACAAGGAAAAUACAAUGAUCUGGGUCGAUCUGUUCACAGCAUAUGUGAUCACGAAGGCCAGCUCGUACCGAUCGGCCAAGACGGUUGCGGAAUCGUACGAAGAGUGUGUAUUUCGGCGAUUUGGUGCCAGUGAGAUGAUCCGACAUGAUCGAGAACCCGGCUUCAUGUCCGAUUUCUUCCGUGCGUUUAACAAGAUCUUGGGACAACGGCAGCGGGCGACAAUGGCAUAUCGUCCACAGGCUAACGGGACUGCUGAGAGAAUGGUGCAGACCGCGACCAGAACGCUCAAGAUGUUCGUCCGCGAUCUUGAUCAGAAGAAUUGGGACGAAUAUGCUGAGCGCCUCACCUUCGCGAUCAACACGGCUCACGAUCGGAUCCGAGGAGAUACCCCUCACUAUUUGGACUUUCCAGAUCGACCACGGGUGGAACUCACGGUUGAUGAGGCGGAUCGUCUCGAUUUUGACGAGUUCCUGCUUCCAGAGGACAGCUGGGUCCUAGAUCUAGGGGCCGAUGAGUAUGAAGUCGAGCGAAUUUCGGAUGUGCGGAGUGGAAAGAAGACACGAUUUGGUCGGAUCUAUCGGGAAUUCCUGGUUCAUUGGACAGGAUACGAUGAGCCAACCUGGGUCGACGAAGCCGAUCUCAACUGCGGGGCAAUAUUGAACGCCUUCCUGCGAGAACGGGCCAAUCGGAAUCGCUUCAAUGUGGAUGCAAUCACAUGA